AAGUAUCGACCACGCCUCUUUUAGCAAACUCUCUGUCUGUGCACCAGUUGGCAGCUCAGGGAGAGAUGCUUUAUCUGGCUACGCGGAUUGAACAAGAAAAUGUUAUCAAUCACACGGAUGAAGAAGGAUUUACUCCUCUGAUGUGGGCUGCAGCACACGGGCAAAUAGCUGUGGUAGAGUUUCUACUUCAGAAUGGUGCUGAUCCCCAACUUUUAGGAAAAGGUCGAGAAAGUGCGCUGUCCUUAGCAUGUAGUAAAGGCUACACAGACAUUGUCAAAAUGCUGCUCGACUGUGGAGUUGAUGUAAAUGAGUAUGACUGGAAUGGAGGGACACCUUUGCUUUAUGCUGUACACGGAAACCAUGUGAAAUGUGUAAAAAUGCUCUUAGAAAAUGGUGCAGACCCAACAAUUGAAACUGACUCUGGGUAUAAUUCUAUGGAUUUAGCUGUAGCCUUGGGCUACAGAAGUGUUCAACAGGUUAUUGAGUCGCAUUUGCUGAAACUACUUCAGAAUAUUAAGGAAUGACCCAGUCCUCAGAAAUGCUGUCGGCCCUUCUGCUCCCUUCUUGGUCUUUAUAAAUGAUAGUUUUGUUUACUUAUAAAUUUUUACCUCAGUUGCAAUACUUUUUGAUUUUUUAGUAAGUUUUUAUUCCUCUUGGUAAUUCACUGGUUUAUUAAAAAAAUUAAUGGCAAUUUUUUAUAAAUGUGUUUUAUUGUAUAUUUAAAGUUAUAAAUUAAUGUUUUAUGGCAUGUAAAUUUUUAUCAUACAGAUGGCUAUCUGUCUUUGUACAAUCUCUGUAAUUCGACACUUUCAUACAUGUUCUGCCCUGCUCAGCCUUACUCUUGUAUUUCCAUUGAGUCUAUGUAGGAUUGGUUAUAAAUCCAUAGGGAAAAAAGUGUUACUGUUGAAUUAAAAAGUGCACAGUGUACUUGUUUACAAAAUGAUGUUAUAAAUAAAGCUUUGU